GCUCCUCAGCUGAUUUCAUUCGUUCUUCAGUGGCUGUCGAGAAAACACUACUUUAGUUUUAAUUAAUUUUUUAUAAUUUACAUAAACAGGUUGACAAUGCUCUGUCGUUUGGUGUCCACAAAUAAACUUACCGCUCGAUAUUCGACGCCUUUAAAGCUUUUCGCGGGCUACUCCACGUCGGGAAAGCAGCGGAAUGGGAAGAUCUACGAGAGCGCCAAUGACGCCGUGGCAGAUGUCCAGGAUGGAGCCAAGAUCCUCUUCGGUGGGUUUGGAAUCUGCGGUAUUCCGGAGAAGAUGAUUGCUGCCUUGAAGGAGAAGGGUGUCAAAAACAUCACCGCGGUUUCCAACAACGGAGGAGUGGACGACUUUGGACUGGGUGUGCUAAUCAAACAGAAGCAGCUCUCCAAAGUAAUCGGUUCCUACGUGGGCGAAAACAAAGAGCUAGUGCGUCAGUACUUGGCCGGCGAACUGUCGGUGGAGCUCACUCCCCAGGGAACCCUGGCGGAGAAGAUCCGCGCAGGAGGCGCCGGUAUUCCCGCCUUCUAUACUCCCACAGGCUACGCCACUUUGGUCCAGGAGGGCGGUGCACCCAUUAAAUACUCGAAGGAUGGCAAGGUGGAGAUUACCAGCGAGAAGAAGCCCGUCAAGGAGUUCAACAGAAGAAACUACGUGAUGGAAGAGUCCAUCUUUGCGGACUUUGCAUUCGUGAAGGCGCAGAAGGCCGAUCCCCUGGGCAACCUGGUCUUUAACAAGGCGGCCAGGAACUUCAAUGCCCCUAUGUGCCGGGCGGCAAAGAUAACUGUCGCCGAGGUAGAGGAGCUGGUGCCCAUCGGCGCCCUCUCGCCGGAUGAGAUUCAUGUGCCGGGCAUCUACGUGAAGCGCAUCUUCAAGGGCACCAAUUACAACAAGCGCAUCGAACGUUUGAGGAUCACGGAACCCAUUGAUCCCAACAAGCCCGCCCCGCCUCCCAAUCCCGCCCAGGCUCUGCGCGAAAGAAUCGCCCGGAGAGUGGCCCUGGAGUUCCGCGAUGGCAUGAAUGCCAACCUGGGUAUUGGCAUUCCCGUCCUCUCCUCGAACUACAUCCCCAAGGGAAUGAAUGUGAUGCUGCAGUCGGAGAACGGAAUCCUCGGCAUGGGACCAUUCCCAACCAAGGACAAGGUGGAUCCGGACUUGGUCAAUGCCGGCAAGGAAACCGUGACCGUAGUGCCAGGUGCAUCCUACUUCGGUUCUGAUGAUAGCUUUGCCAUGAUUCGCGGCGGCCAUGUGGACCUCACGAUUCUUGGCGCCAUGGAAGUUUCUGCCACUGGCGACCUGGCCAACUGGAUGAUUCCUGGAAAACUGGUCAAGGGCAUGGGAGGCGCCAUGGAUCUGGUGGCUGCUCCUGGCACCAAGGUGAUCAUUACCAUGGAACAUAACGCUCGCGAUGGAUCGCCGAAGAUCCUGGACACUUGCUCCCUGCCGCUCACAGGAAAGGAGGUGAUCGAUCUGAUCGUUUCCGAGAAGGCCGUUUUCGAGGUCGAGAAGGGCGUGGGUCUCACUCUCAUCGAGGUGGCCGAGGGCCUCACCGUGGACGAUGUCAUAGCCAGCACCGGUGCCAAGUUCACCGUGUCGCCCAACGUGAAGCCCAUGGGCCAGAUUCCCGUUUAGGGGAAACUGCUAGCCUCCACUUCAGUGAUAAACCAGUGCAUUUAUUUUUGUUGACCGUGUGACAAAGUAUCGUUUCUGUUUAAAAAAUUAAAUUAGUAAAUCGUGUCUAA